AUGUCUCACGAACACCAAAGUUUAUUAGAAGCUUUUCAAUAUCACGCAUCAAUUAGACCAGAAGAAGAAGUCCUUUUGGUUCCCAACGGUGUAGAAUAUGAAAAAAUUAAUUUUCGGGAUUUUGAUCUUAUUAUCAAUAAAUACGCCAAUUAUUGGAACAAACAAUUAGAGAGUGAAAAUUUAGAGAAAAAUAGC